CAUUAUUCAUUUUCCAUAUAGUUCAUUUCUGUAAUUUUCUUCUGUGUGACUGUGAGUUCUUAAAAUCUCUGAAGAGCCCAUCCAAGAGCCAAUGGAAUAGCACAGUUGAUUUAAGAAGAGAGUGGAGUAGGAGUCAGUGAUUCUAGUGGUUUCCUGCCAAAGAUCAUACCUUUCCCUUUUCAUUUGUUUAUUUUGGUUUUUUUUUCUCGUCUUUUUCUUUUCAAAAACUCCUACCAAAUCCCCUGUAAGACAAGUUUGCAAGGACAAGAUCUUCUGUACCAUUGAUGAGUUUCGUAUCUGAAAAUAUUUACUGCAGAGUAAUCAACAAGGAUCUGCGUUUGAUUUUGGAGAGUUGGAAGAGGCCAUCGUUCUUCAAGGAGUUAAGCUUGGUGAUGAAUCCAAAAAACCUUUUUUCAUAAACAGGCCCGCUGCUACUCUGGAGAUGUUCCCAUCAUGGCCAAUGAGAUUCCAGCAAACUUCAAGAGGAAGUUCAAAGUCAGGAGGAGAGAGUAGUGAUUCAGGGUCUGCUCAGAAUACUCUUUCUUAUAAAGCAGAUGCUCAGUUUGAACCAGAAUCUUCUAUCACAAACAAGGCAACGGAUCAGUCUCUUGAUCAGAAGCAGUUCCAGCAACAACAGCAAGUAGAGAUGGCAAGUGAUAACUCCAGAAUAGGACCAAUACCAAAUCAACAAGCCAAGCCACUGGAAAAGAGGAAGGUUGCGGGUUCAACUUCAGAGAAAAUCCUUGAUGCAAAGACGCUGAGACGUUUAGCCCAGAACAGAGAAGCAGCAAGGAAGAGCCGACUGAGAAAAAAGGCUUAUGUGCAGCAACUAGAAUCUAGUAGGAUAAAGCUUACUCAACUAGAACAAGAUCUUCAAAGAGCCAGAGCUCAGGGUCUGUUCUUAGGAGGAGGAGGUGGUAAUGGUGUUAUUACAGGUGGAAACAUCAGCUCCGCUGCGGCAAUGUUCGAAAUGGAAUAUGGGAGAUGGUUAGAGGAUGACCAGAGGCACAUGUCGGAGCUCCGGACAGGUUUGCAGGCUCACCUAUCUGACGGCGACCUCAGGUUGAUAGUGGAUAGAUAUCUAUCUCAUUAUGACGAGAUCUUUGGGCUUAAGGGCAUUGCCGCCAAAUCCGAUGUCUUCCAUCUUGUCACCGGAAUGUGGACAACUCCGGCGGAACGUUGCUUCCUCUGGAUGGGUGGUUUCCGCCCCUCGGAACUCAUUAAGAUAUUGAUGCCACAGUUGGAGACAUUGACGGAGCAGCAGGUGGUGGGGAUAUACGGUUUGCAACACUCGUCGCAGCAAGCAGAGGAGGCGUUGACGCAAGGGAUGGAACAGCUCCAGCAAUCCCUCGCUGACACUAUCGCCUCUGGCCCUCUCUCUCUCGGCGACGGAACCACCACCAACAUCAAUUCUAACAACAACAACGUGGGCAACUAUAUGAGCCAAAUGGCACUCGCUCUCGCCAAACUCUCCAAUCUCGAAGGCUUUGUCCGCCAGGCUGAUAAUUUGAGACAGCAAACACUUCACCAGAUACGUCGAAUUCUAACUGUUCGACAGGCGGCACGAUGUUUUUUGGCAAUCGGCGAGUAUUACAACCGGUUACGAGCUCUUAGUUCCCUCUGGGCAACCCGUCCUCGAGAGGAUGAUAGCUCCUGCCAAACAACCACAGAGUUGCAGAUGGUCCAACCUACCCACCCUCAUUUUUCAAACUACUGAUCAAGACCCUAAUGAGAAGAAAAUUGCCUGUUUGAGCAAGCAAAGCAACCGGGAAGUCUCCUUGUCUACCUCAUUGCCAUUGGAUUUCAUCAGAAAAGAGAGAGAGAGAGAGAGAGUUGUUUCUUCUUGUCUUUUUUACGUUCCUCUUGUUCCCCUUUUUUAUUUUAAUGUUUUUUAGUAAUUUCAUUAUAAAAUGUUAGCA